GGCGGGCGGACGGAUGAGCGGACGGCGCUCGGGCCCAGGUUUAGGCUGCGCGGCGGCGACGGAGCAGGAGGAGGAGCAGCGCCAUUUGUGGGGCUCCGAGAUUUGAUGUUAAACCCAGAUCUCACCAGCUGGUUGAAUCGGCAUCAUCUGAAGAGGAGGAAGUUCUAAUGUCCUGUCCAUCAGGCAAAUCAAGGUGUACACAGAGUACAUACCGUGAUGGGGGUGAAGAACCGCCCGCAAUGCUACUUCGACGUGGAAAUAAACAGGGCUCCAGUGGGCCGCAUUGUCUUUGAAUUAUUUUCAGAUGUCUGCCCCAAGACCUGUAAGAAUUUCCACUUUCUCUGCACAGGUGAAAAAGGAUUAGGAAAAAAAACUCGAAAGCAGCUUUGUUAUAAGGGCUCCACUUUCCAUCGUAUUGUAAAAGAAUUUAUGAUCCAAGGUGGUGACUUCAGUGAAGGUAAUGGACGAGGAGGAGAGUCUAUUUAUGGCGGAUACUUUGAAGAUGAGAAUUUUGUGCUCAAACAUGACAGGGAGUUCCUGUUGUCAAUGGCCAACAGAGGAAGGGAUACCAAUGGCUCCCAGUUCUUCAUAACUACAAAACCAGCGCCUCAUCUGGAUGGUGUCCAUGUUGUAUUUGGCCAAGUGAUAACUGGUUUUGAUGCGAUUAAAGAAAUCGAAAACCUGAAGACAGAUGCUGCCAGCCGUCCGUACGCUGAUGUCCGAAUUAUUGAUUGCGGGGAGUUUGUACCAAAAUCUGCAAGUCAUGUGACAGAACGCAAGAGAAAAGUCGCCAUCUCCUACUCCUCGCACGAGUCCGCGACCAGCUCAGGUUCUUCAACGUCUUCCGACUCUGAGUCGGAAACCGAAGAAGAGAGAGAGAAGAGAAGGAAACGGAAAAGGAAGAUGAAAACCAAGCAUUCGAAAAGACGAAGAGAAACCAAGAGCAAAAAGAGAAAACUCUCAACCAGCCAGAAGAGCAGCCACAAUGGCGUGGGCGAGGAAGAUGAAAAAGAUAAAGAUCUAAACCCAAAGCGACAUAAACUAUCAGUAAGACUCGAGGAGAUUCCUCCGGUACCAGAGAACAGAUUCUUGCUCAGGCGAGAUGUGCCAAAACCAGAAACACAACAAAAGCUGCAGGAACCACCUGCAACAGUCAGUGAUCAGAAACCAGUGGUGUCAAAAUCUGGCCGUAAGAUUAAAGGCAGAGGCACAAUGCGUUAUCGUACUCCUUCAAAAUCUAGAUCACAUUCGGAAUCGGAACAGGACAAGGAAACCAGUGAAACACCACCUCACUGGAAAGAAGAAAUGCAGAGAGUCAGAACAUACCGGGCGGCCAGCUUGGAGAAGUGGACCAAAGGAGACAAAUUGAAGCCCGAGUCACGGCGGUGGAGUGACAGGUCUGCCUCACCGUGGUCCCGAUCCUGGUCACAUGAUGGGUACUAUUCAGACGACCGAAGGAGGAGAAAGUCCAGCCACUAUAAGAGACAUAAAAAGGAGAGGCGGAAAAUCAAAGCCAAGAAAAAAUCCAAGAAACAGAAGCAUUCCAAAAGGCAGAGAGGCCACAAACACAAAGCGAAGGAGAUCUCUGUACCGUCAGAAUCUGUUCGCUCAUCAAGCUUCAAGACAAAGUCUUCACUUGAGCAUGAAAAGAAAUCGCCGUUGACAGCUUCUUCAAGACACUCUUCAGAAAAAGUAUGGUCUGGAUCUUAUAGCCAUCUAUCUUCUUCAACCAGUACAGUAUCACGGUCCUAUUCCAGAUCAAAGUCGAGGUCCAGGUCGAGAUCACGGUCUAAUUCUAGGACUAGGACCAGAUCUAGGUCUAGAUCUAGGACCAGGUCUAGGUCCAGUUCCAGAUCAAGGUCUCGAUCCAGGUCCAGAUCCAGUUCGACCUCUGUAUCAUCUAGAAGUAGAUCCACAUCUCGAUCAAGUUCCAAAUCCAAGCACAAACGGAGGAGACGUUCCAGAUCACAUUAUGAACAUCCGAACCAGAAGAAACUUGAAACGUCGAGGGUAGGUUUAAAAGAAAAUGAGAAAGUUGUUGCCCAUACAGCUACAGUUGAAGCUGCCCCUGCCGUCCCAUUAAGUGAGAGUCCUCCACCUUCAAGGUGGCGACCAGGACAGAAGCCUUGGAAACCUUCUUAUGUUCGAAUACAGGAAGCCCAGGCAAAGCUCAGUGAAACAACACCUACACUGAGCAGUAGAGAUUCCAAAUGCUCCAGAGAAGAUGACCUGUCUCCAUCUUUACGUAAACAGCAUCGCAAUUCAGAAACGAGAAGGCAUUACAAUUCGGACCGCGAAAGCAAUCAUAGUUCAACUUCAGGCUACCAGAAGAGUUCAAGGAGUAAAAGCUUUAGUUCCAGGUCAAGGACUCGGUCCUCUUCUGGGUCAAGGAGCCGGUCUAGUUCAAGGUCGCGGUCUGUGACUAAAUCCCCAUAUCGUGAGUCCUCUUACUCCAAAUCAUCCACUCAUUCAUACGAGUCUGAAGAAGCUGCUUUGGCCACCAGUGAAGAGAAGCGUGGAAAAACUAAAAAGAAAAACUCCUCGUCGAACAAGCAACAGAAAGAGCAGACAGCGAGCUUGGCAGCCAACACCGCAAACAAAGAGCCUAGCACGGCAAAGAAACAUGAAAGCAUUGGGCGCAAUGUGUCAUCCUCACAUUGUUCAAGCGAGAGUGAUUCGGACGCGUAUAAGAGAGAAAAGGGAAAAUCAGAAUCAAAGAAGAUCGGUGUGAAAGAGAACUCUAAGACAGAAUUGCCCAAAAAAAAUGGCAGCAGCAAAAAAUCGGAAGGAAAGUGUGACCGUUCCAGCAAAAGUUCUACCAAGGAUCAUUUGAAUGCGAAGACGAGCUCAUCCCUUGAUCAGGUACAGAAGCCGAGGAAAAAAUCUGCAAGGAACAAAUCCUCAGAGAGAAAACCAACCUUGGCGUCUCACAGUAAAGGUGAGAAAAGUGCAAAGAAAGUGCCCAAGAAAGCAAAGUUGAGAUCUGAAACUGAACUGAGUCGGGGCAGUAAAGUGCAGUCUGGCUCCACUUCGGAAGAGGGAGAAGUGAUUCAGAAAUCUGAUGCGGGGGAAAGCGAAGGGAAGGCAGCCGGAAGAGGAACAAAUUCGAGGGGACCCGAGGUUUGCAAUGCCAAGUCUUCUGCGUCAUCAGGCUCCGAAGGGGCCAGCAAGCGUCCGUCGGGCAGAAAGGCCACUGCUUCCAGCAGCUCCUCAGGAACGGCGAGCGAGAACGAAAAAAAGCGAAAGAAGAAGGUGAAGCACAAGCUGAAAAGCAAGAAAAAGUCAAAAUCCAAGAGCUCAAAGUUCAAGAAGAAAAGCGAGAAGAGAAAGAUCAAAAAAGUGCAAAAAGCAAAAGAAAAAUUCCACUGGCAGCCUCCAUUGGAGUUCGGGGAAGAGGAAGAAGAGGAUUCAAAAACUGAUGGGCCUGCCACAUUCGACGGUAAAUCUAAAGUCAGGAGUACACAGCCCAAAGUGGGAAGCCAUGACACAGAAGCCAGUGCAGUAAAUUGCGCUGCCUCAGUAAAGGUCUGCCAGCUAGUUAAGGAGAACGCAGAACCAGGUGAGUCGCCCCCCGUUACCGCAAGUCACAGAAAAGAAGUGGAAUCGAAACAGAAGGGCGACUCGGUGAAGGCUGAAGGGGCAGGAGCAAAAGCUCUCGGAACUGCAACGAAAGUCAGGACCCCGCACCAGAAUAUCAGGAGCUCCACGCCGGAGGAAUGCCCUUCCAUCUCUGCAGCACAGAAAGACAGCGAGGAUACCACGCACGCUGGAGCUGGCGAUUGCAAAGGGGCGAAGGGCACAGGAGCCAAAUCGGAAAGUAGCACAUCAGCAGAGAAAGCUGAACAGAGGAAGAACGGAAAGGACAUUGCCGAAUCUGCCCAGCCUCCUGAAAUCAAUGGGAAUGCGACAGAAAGUACCACAAAGACGGAGAAUGAAGUGGCAGACAGUAAUAAAUGGAAACCUCUGAAAGUAUUACCAAAUGUUGCAACUGCCAGCCCUGGAGUUAACACGGAAGUUAAAGUGGAAGCUGCGGAAUCCGAUAGCAAACCCCAGGGACUGAAAAUAGAAAUCAAAAGUAAAAAUAAAGUCAAACCUGGCUCUCUCUUCGAUGAAGUGCGGCGCACGGCGCGGUUAAACCAAAGGCAGAGGAACACAGAAACGUCAAGCGAGGAGGACUCGCUGUCGAGGGAGAGCAACAGCAGGUCCCGGAGUCGAAGUACUUCACGUGGUCACUACAGGUCCAGCUCCCGGGACAGAACACAUUCCCGAACAAGGUCUCGGUCAAGCAGUAGGUCAAGGAGUGGCUCGAGAAGUUACAGUUCUUCUUACAGGUCACGGAGUUACAGCAGAACUAGAAGCAGACGAAGACACAGCAGAGAUCACUCAAGUCACAGCAGUUCCUACAGAAGCUAUAGAAGCCAUAGUAGAACGUACAGUCGCAGCCGCACAAGAAGCCCGUCGUCCAGCCGACACCGGAGAUCUCGGUCUGAUUCAUACGAUAGUUACGACAGUAGGAGCAGGAGUAGGACUCGAAGUCGCAGUUACCACAAGUCCCGACGGUCCAGGAGCCGGGACAGGAGCUACAGGUCGUACCGCUCGUACAGCAGAAGCGACCGGAGCUAUUCUCGCCACCGCAGCCACAGUGAGAGCAGCAGGUACAGCUGAUGGACGAGCCUCCGAUCCCAUCCCAGUGGAAAACUUGCCUCCGUUGCCUGCCUGCCCACAUCCGGAACUAUUUAUUGCCCACCAAUUCAUUCAAGCUUCGUCGGGGAUAAACUACGACAAGGCUGAAACUGGUGGAUAACUCUGCAGUGAGUGGGUGGGUGGGAGGAGGAAGGGGCUCCUUCUGAUUUUCUGUAGGGGGUUUUCUUUUACAAAAGUAAUGAAUUAAACUCUUUGCAUCUCCUGCUGAGAGGAAACAUAAUUUGUACCUGCAGUUUUGUAUGUAAGCAAUAACAUUUACAUUUAUGUAUUGUACUUAGCUGCAUUAUUCCAUCACAGUUUAAAGGGGGGGAAAAAGUAAAUUUUCAUAAUUCUACCUGGUCUCUCUUCAUUUUUGUCUUCAACCCUGUUUAUUAAAAGGGUAGAUCUCAAAAAAUAAACAUUAAAAGGUAUAUUUUGAAAUGAUUUAAA